CCCAUUAACCAAACAGAAAAAUUCUCUCUCUCUCUCUCUCUCACUCUCUCAAGCAUGUAUGUGGAGCCCAGUGUAUGAUCUUUCGAUCUUCAGCUGUAAAAACCAUAAAAUUCAUGGAAACUGAACUUGAUAAUGAUGUUCAACUUGAACAAACUGAUAAUGUUACUCGUGGUGAGGUGUUAGAUGAUUCAACUGAUAAGGGGCAUCAGCUUGGUAAUGAUGUUCAACUUGAACAAACUGAUAAUGAUAUUCGUGGUGAGGUGUUAGAUAAUGCAACUAAAUUUGAGUACCAACUUGGUAAUGAUGGAACAAUGGCCGGAAGUUCUGUUCAAUAUGGCUCCCAGGUUGAAGAAAAUGAUAAAAUAACUCUAAAUUCUUCUGGAGUUCAGUUAACUGUGGUUGAAGGGGAUGAACCGUAUGUAGGUCAGGAGUUCGAAAAUGAAGCGGCAGCACAUGCAUUUUAUAGUGCGUAUGGCAUGCGGAUGGGUUUCAUAACCCGUAUGAACUAUCAUAAUCGAUCUAAAAUUGAUGGAUCCAUUGUUUCUCGAGCACUUGUAUGUAACAAAGAGGGUUACCGAAAGCCUUAUAGGCGUGAUGUGAAGAAUGUUAGGUCACGGGCACCUACUAGGGUGGGUUGCAAAGCAAUGAUAUCUAUAAGGAAAAUGAGUACUGGAAAAUGGGUCAUUACAAAGUUCGUAAAGGAGCACACUCAUCCAUUGGCUGGCUGCCAGGCUCAAAAGGCAUUGAUCUCCAAUCAAAUGCCAAAUGAAGACAAGAGAGUUCAAGAACUAACUCAACAGCUUCUGGUUGAAAGAAAGCGCUCCGCUUCACUUAGAAGAUUCAUAGACCUUCUAUUCAAUCACAUUGAGGAGCACACACAGGGCCUAUCAAAAAGGAUCCAGUACAUAGUAGAUAGCGUGAAUAAGAUUGAAUCUGAAGGGAAAAAUAGAUAGUGUGAACAAUAUUGAAGCUGGAGGGGCUAACCUUCUGAACCUCAGGUGUGUGCUUGUCGGGCCAAUGCAUUCUUGUCUGUUGAUGUAGUGUAGAGUUGCAAGAUUCUAUUCAGUGUUUGGCAGGUUUCUCCCUAGAGCUAACCGUGCCUCAAACAGUUUGAUCUCACGUACGGGGAUUGAAGGUCAAUGCACAUCUUUAACCAAAGAUGCAUUGUAGGAAGAAGGUAAGGAAAGACCAAAACACAUUUGUAUCAGAGCAAACAAAAGAUUUCAACAUCUUAGAUCCUCAAUUGUUUAAAGAAUGUUUCUUGAAAGGCACAAAAGAAUAUAAGGAAGUAAAUGUCAGAGAUGAUGAGUGAAUGCAUUUUUGUACCACUUCCUGCUCUGUUUUAUCUGAUUAAAUUUGUUCCUGUAA